UCCUGUAUUUUCACAUUUCCUUUACAUACAAUUUCAAAAUAAAAUUACAUCAGUAACUAUUUAUCCAGACGUAGGUUAACAUUGUUUUUAUUUUGAUGUGUCAAACAGUAUCGACCACAAUUCUAUAAACGCCUGAUCGAGUAUUGAAAAGAUAAGACGUACACUUAUUAACACUCGUUUUGAAUUUUGUCCCCCCCCUAGGGGAAACUAAUACAUGCACAUAGCUUGUACAUACAUUCUUUUCAGUGUAUUUCGAUUCCUAUGAGUUUUUAGUGCCCAAGAAUUUGACGUAUAUUCAUAGUUACGUGUAUUAUUCCAGACGUACGUUCUUUCUGUAAUAUCAUCUAACAAUGUCUGGUCAAUAUGAUAAACUAUCCUGGAAAGAAGUAAGAGACUUGUUUAGAACGUGGAGAGAGGACAGUGAACGAAAGAGUAAGGAUGUAGUUGAUUUAUGGGAAUCUAAGUUAAUGUCAAAAAUCGAUCAACUGGGUAACGAAAGAUACCUGGUCCUGGAACAAGUCUGUAUAGCUGCUCUGGAUUGUUACCGUUUGCCUUUAGCAGAAUAUUGUAUCAAGAUAUUAAAGAAAGAGUUUCCUAGUAGCCUGAGAGUGCAUAAAUACCAUGCCAUGCAUCUGGAGGCCUUGGAAAUGUAUGACGAAGCUUUAGAAGUGUUGGAUUCUAUAAUAAAACGAGACGAAACUAAUGCAGCGCCAAGGAAAAGACGCAUAGCCAUAUUAAAAGCAAAAGGUCGAAUACCAGAAGCUAUUAAAGAGCUUACUGAAUAUUUGAGAAAAUUCAUGAGUGAUCAAGAAGCAUGGCACGAACUGUGUGAUCUGUAUUUACAAGAACAAGAAUAUUCUAAAGCUGCCUUUUGCAUGGAAGAGCUCAUAUUGCACAACCCGCACAGUCAUUUGAUUUAUCAGAGAUACGCGGAAAUAAAAUAUUCUCAAGGUGGAUUUGAAAACAUGGAAUUAGCUAAAACAUACUUUUGCCAAGCCGCGAGAUUGAACCCGAACAACAUCAGAGCUUUGUACGGAUUAUUAUUGGCGGCAAAUAAUAUUGCUACAUCACCUAAAUGCCCUUCUUCAAAAAAGAAAGACGCGUCGAAGCUGAGCGAAUGGGCAGCUAGUCAGAUCGAGAAACAGUACGCGUCGAAAGUAUCUGAUGAAAGACUUAAGGCAGUGGAAGGGCUACUAGGAGAAUUGCAACUCGACGUUUAAGUAUACAAAUUUAUAUAUGAAGCUCCGAGCCCACGGACAGGCAGCUCGACAGUCUUUUGGUCAAUCGGGAAUAAUGAGAAAUUCCUCAAAUCUUGUAAAUGAAACCUGAGUUUUACUGUCCGUCAACAGAAGGCACCGUGGUUAAAAUUCUUCAAGUCUUACAACACCGAUCAUCAUACGGAUUUCAUGUAUAUAUUUUAUACAAGUGUUGUAAAUAUAUUUAACAUAUAUUUAA